UUGUCGUCACAGGGCAGAUGAUCAGGGUGCGUCCGCCUUUUCCCUCCCCUUUCCAUCGUCCUCCCCUUUUCCCUCCCCUCGGCCCCGGGUCUGCUCCCUCCUUCCUCUUUUCCUCCCUCCGGUGUCUGCGGCCGACUCUCGCUUCCGGUCAGGGGCCCUUCGCGGAAGUGUGUCCCGCCUCUUCCUCUCCACAGCGGAGGUGGCUGCGUCGGCUGCGACGGCGGCGGCGACGGCGCCUGCAAGUCUCCGGUAGGGGUCGGCAGGCGGGUCUGGGCGGUCCUCCUGCGCGUCUCGGAGCCGCGCCCCGGGUGUCGAUGGCGAUGAACUAUAACGCGAAGGAUGAGGUGGACGGCGGGCCCCCGUGCGCUCCCGGGGGCACCGCUAAGACGCGGAGACCGGAUAACACGGCCUUCAAACAGCAACGGCUUCCCGCCUGGCAGCCCAUCCUCACGGCUGGCACGGUGCUCCCGACUUUCUUCAUCAUCGGCCUCAUCUUCAUCCCCAUUGGCAUCGGCAUCUUCGUCACCUCCAACAACAUCCGCGAGAUCGAGAUUGAUUAUACCGGAAUCGAGCCUUCUAGUCCCUGCCAUAAAUGUUUGUCUCCUGAUGUGACACCUUGCAUUUGUACCAUUAACUUCACACUGGAAAAGUCAUUCGAGGGCAACGUGUUUAUGUAUUAUGGACUGUCUAAUUUCUAUCAAAACCAUCGUCGUUAUGUGAAGUCUAGAGAUGAUAGUCAACUAAAUGGAGAUCCUAGUGCUUUGGUUAACCCUAGUAAGGAAUGUGAGCCUUACCGAAGAAAUGAAGACAAACCGAUCGCUCCUUGUGGAGCUAUUGCCAACAGUAUGUUUAAUGAUACGUUAGAAUUGUUUCACAUUGGCAAUGGUUCUGACCCUACUCCUAUUACUUUGAAAAAGAAAGGUAUUGCUUGGUGGACAGAUAAAAAUGUAAAAUUCAGAAAUCCUCCUGGAGGAGAAAGCCUGGAAGAACGAUUUAAAGAUACAACAAAGCCAGUGAACUGGCUUCACCCAGUAUACAUGCUGGACUCUGACCCGGAUAAUAAUGGAUUCAUAAAUGAGGAUUUUAUUGUGUGGAUGCGUACUGCAGCAUUACCUACUUUUCGUAAGUUAUAUCGUCUCAUAGAGCGGAAAAGCGAUUUACAUCCAACAUUACCAGCUGGACGCUACUAUUUGAAUAUCACAUACAAUUACCCCGUACAUUCUUUUGAUGGACGAAAACGGAUGAUCUUGAGCACUAUUUCAUGGAUGGGAGGAAAAAAUCCAUUUUUGGGGAUUGCUUACAUCACCAUUGGAUCCAUCUCUUUCCUUCUGGGAGUUGUACUGCUAGUAAUUAAUCACAAAUAUAGAAACAGUAGUAAUACUGCUGACAUUACCAUUUAAUUUUAUAUUCUGAAAACAGAUCUACUGCAUGUGCAUCAAAGCCAGUCCUGUUCAACCUAGCUUUCCACUGCUGACAUCUGGUUAGUAUGUCAUUUUGAAGUUGGCACAUAACAUUUUUUUUUGAAAACAGUUUUUGUCCUUUGCUUUUUUUCCUAUGGAUGACCUAUGAAAAUAUAUGAUGGGUAUAAAAAAUUAACUAUUGAUUAUAUCAACACUAUAACUACUGAAAUGGCAUUCUAAUGUUUGCUUUUUAUUGGGACAGGCCAUGUGAUGCAUAGAGCCUCUUUCAUGUGACCGCAUCUCCUGCUUCGUUGUUUGUGCUGUAUUGAUGAUAUUAUAUUGACACAUAGUGCUGUAUAUGUGUGCUCUUGUGUGAAGAGAGGGCUUACAAGAUGUAUGAGUAUAUAGACUUGCUAACCCUUCAGGAUUCAGAGUUACAGAAAGAUGAAGAAAGACCAAAUCUAAAUAAAACACUUCAUGGUUUUCAUGUGUCGUGUGUAAAGGCUUACACUACCAUCUUUGGGGAGAUGGUCAUGUCCUCAGUUUAUCCAGUACAGUUCUUUGUCAAACUUAGCUUUGAUUCCAAAGAACAUACUUCCCUUUAUGUCUGGCACAGGAAUUAAUAACACUAUGCCUGAAGAGUUCAGGGAGGUCCCAGGUAGGAGGAUUUAAAAUUGUUCUUCCCAUGUGGUUCCAAAGUUGCAGUCAGGAACCUCAGCUCACUUGGAAUGCUUUCACAUGUGAUCACUUCCCUUGAUCCUGAGACUUCAUAAGGGAAGAAAAUAGGAGUGAGAUGGAAAAACUGUUGGGCAGACCUUCAUCUUCUGCCUCAACUAUAAACAUAUGUGAUUGCUCAAAGGAGACUAUGUUCAUUCUUGGGGUAUUUAACAUUCAGAAAAUUACUUCAGUAUUGGAAGUAUCUCAAGCUGUUUUUAUUUUGCAGGUAAGUGUUUUGUCUUAACUACUAAUUAUAUUCCAGAAAAUUUUGAAAGUAGUAACUUUAAUUUCUUCUGUAUUUUGUUCAAUUUCUGCAUAUAGGUCAAAUGUAGAUGUGUAUGUACAUUCUCUUUUUCACUUGGUUUUCCUGUGACACACUUUAAAAAGAUAUUCUAUCCUUAAUUAAAUUCUGGGGGUUUUGAAGUGUAUGUACAUGAUAAAUGAUAAUCUAUAUGGUUGAAGUAAUUUUAUUUUUUACUAACUGGAAUUAUUUUAAUAUUGCGUAUUGAAUAAAUGCUAUAAUUUGUUUGCUAUGGAACUUAAAGUGAAUGUAAACUUAUUUUUCCAUAUGCAUAACAAUGUAUUUAUUAAUCAGAGGUGGCUUAAUUACAUUGAAAUGAACUUUUUUUUUUUUUAACCUAAAGUAACUCAUGUUUGUGUAGAAGAAUGCCUGUUUUAUUCAGAGUUUGUAAUGAUUUCCUUGAGUUAUAUUUUAAAUCAAAAGGUCUGGGUAAUGUAUCAAUUUUGAUUAAUGUAUACUUUUUAAAAAAAGAAACAAAACAGUGUAAUAGUUAAUAGUAGAAAUGUGCCACACUUAAGUUUUAUAUAACAUGAAAUACAGUUUAAAAUACUUGUAAUUCAUAGUGACUUUUUACUGAUAAAAAUAUUACUUGCAUGAAGUACUCGAUGUAUUGUGAUCCUGAGAUUUCUGAGUAUAUAUAUAGUGUGUGUGUAUAUAUAUAUAUAUAUUUUUUUUAUUUUGUCAGAAAAUUUUCUUUGUUUUGUCAGUCUUUCAGAAUGUUAUUUGUUCUGAAAACUGGCCUUCUUGUGCAUGGCAGUUUUGUUUUCUGGGGUACAUCAUUGGGGAAGAGGAAUUUCAUCCAGUCUUUCCAGAUGGAAUUUAUGCUUUUUAAGGAGGACUACCAUCCUGCAUCUCUUUUUCUAACUGGGGGACUGAGAUGUUGCUAAAGAAAAGUAGAAGAGCUCUUUUAACACUUUCCUCAUGGAUAAGAUGGAAUUUUAAAAUUUAUUUGGAGUUUUAUUUAUUUUACAAGUACAUCGAUGGUUUAAGUUCCCUGUCUCCUUCCAUUUGAGCUCUAAGGGACUCCUGUUGGAAAAUGUGGAGAAUAUGGAACAUUCAUAUGGCCUCUAUGAAGUAUAGAGGAAGGAAAAAACAUUUCUUCUUAUAGGCUUUAUACUCAUGUAGGUAACAUUGAUGUCAUAUUCAGCUUCUAAAUAAUCAUUGCAAUUUAAGGCAACUAAGCUAAGUAGAAGGCAUUAAAGAAUGCCUUACUCUACAGGACAUAUUAUGACAUAUGAAGAGCUUCCCUGUUGGACAGAUUAUUCAUUGAGUAAAAGCUAUGACAUUUCGCUGACAUCAUAAGGCAGUUUAAGAAUAAAUUGAUAAAAAUAACACAGUAAUAGAGGAUUAAUCAAGAGAAGAACCAAGUGAAUACUAUUUGUUUAUUGGUUAGGGACAGUCGCUUUGUAACCUUGAUUAUAUUACAACAUUCUGUUAAUAUGUUCUCUGUUAGUAAGAAUGAACAAAAUUUUACUGUGUUCAGACAACUUGCUAAAUUAACAGUGCCUAGAAUUGUUGCUAAUGUUUAGCACUAAACUUUAACCCAGAGUUGAUGAGUCCAGGCUUAAUUUCUCCAUGACUUGAUAAAAUGUCAUUCAUUGUUAAAUUAACUACCAUAUUCGUAUUUAUUAAUUACUCUGACAACAUUAACCAUCUGUUCUUAGCAGGAAGUGGUCAGAUUGUCACUUGAGUUAUAGACAGGCUGACUAAGUUUGGUAUUAUUAGAUCAAGGGGAAUGUCUAAUAAAUAGAAAGAGAGGCAAAGGCGAUGAAAAUAACAAAGUGGGCACAUGAGAAAUGAAAAGCCUGGCUGGUGAGGAGAAGCAUGGAGAGGUUGGGUUAAUGAGCGCUGCUCAGCCUGCUGCCUCCUGUCUUCAUGGAAACUUUGCUUUAGAAUUAUUGUAUGCUACAUCUUUGUUGGUUAAGCUGUAAAGUUUUGUUCUUUGUGAACAUGGCUGGGGUGGGUAGCGGGAGUGCAGAAGUCCUGCUAUUACAAGAACAAUUUUGAUGCACAAGUGUCUGUUGUACAGUUUGGCUGAUCUAGUAAAGUGUUAAUGAACUCCUUUUUAGCCCAUACACCAUUCAGUAAACAUAAACAUCACUUUUCUCCUAAUGUAAUUUGAAAUUUCAAAAUAAAUAUCUUGUCUAAAACCAAA